AUGACGAUCCGCAUCCCACAGCUCCUCGUUCUGCUGGCGUGUUCGUCGGCCGCGGCGCUCACGUUGACGCAGGAGAAGCACCUCGCUAAGCCGAAUGUUCGCUCACUGACGCGCCUCCGCGGCGGCGACACGAUCGGGACCGCGGUCGUCGGCGCCUCAGCCGCAAUCGGCGCGGCAACUGGGGUGUCGAUGUACCUUGGCACUGAGUCCAUCACCAAGAUGAUCUGGCUGGGCCUCAACACUUUCCCGCACGACAAGUACAUUGCGGUCGCCAUGAUUGGCUGGGCCGUCGGCAAGCUCUCGGCCGUGAUGGGCGGGGUUGAGGCGGCCAAGAGAUUCGCCUCGCUCAACUGCAUCCCACUCACUCUUUGGCUCCUGACCAACUUCCGAGGCGGAGCUCCGUUCACGACGUCCAUCAUGCCGGCCGUGCUCCUGGCCGGCUAUGUCUACGCUGGCUUCAUCGAGGACUGA